CAAACUAAUCACUGACUUUUAGUUUCGUGUCAAAAAAAUUCAGCGCAAGGCUGAAUUUACAUUUUUUCAAAAUUUUUGCAAGUGUUAUUCGCGUGGUAAAUUACGUAGACUUCGGUGAAUUUUCGGUGUAGCCAUGAGUUUCAAGCGUGCUUUUUCCACCCUCAAAAACAUGCCCAUCAAGAGUAUCUUGGCCCGUCAAAUUUUCGAUUCUCGAGGAUUUCCAACCGUAGAAGUGGACUUGGUUACAGAUUUAGGUCUUUUUCGAGCAGCGGUGCCUUCGGGAGCUAGUACAGGAGUCCACGAGGCUCUCGAACUGAGGGAUCAGGACGCCGCUAACUACAAUGGCAAGUCUGUCUUUACGGCAGUUUGCAACGUCAACCAAGUCAUCGCCCCAGAACUCAUCAAAUCAAAUCUGGAAGUAACCCAUCAGAUGGAAAUCGACGAUCUAAUGAUCAAAUUAGACGGUACUGAAAAUAAGUCAAAGUUGGGUGCUAACGCUAUCUUGGGGGUAUCUCUGGCGGUAGCCAAAGCUGGAGCUGCUAAAAGAGGCAUCCCUCUGUAUAAACACAUAGCGGACCUGUCCGGAGUCGAACAUUUCAUUCUUCCAGUUCCCUCUUUUAACGUAAUCAAUGGAGGGGUACAUGCAGGCAAUCAGUUGGCUAUGCAGGAGUUCAUGAUCAUGCCCACCGGGGCUCACAGUUUUGCUGAAGCGAUGAAGAUGGGGUCUGAAGUUUACCAUUACUUGAAGGAUGUUAUUAAAGAUAAAUUUGGGUUGGAAGCAACUGCUGUGGGAGACGAAGGAGGAUUUGCUCCUAACAUUACCAAAGCAGAAGAAGCUUUGGAUUUGAUUACCACAGCUAUCCAAAAGGGUGGCUAUCAAGGGCGAAUCGACAUCGCCAUGGAUCCCGCUUCCUCUGAAUUCUACAAAGAGGGAAAUUACAACUUGAAUUUUAAAGCAGGAAUGAUAAAAGCGAAAGGUGAUGAUGAAGGACAGAAAGACAAAAAGGGGAAAAAAGGCAAGAAAGAUAAAAAAGAGAAGAAAAAGAAGGAAAAGAAAGAAACGAAGGCCAAAGGUAAGAAGGGCAAAAAAGGUGGUAAGGAAGACAAGAAAGGUGAUGCGAAGGAUAAGAAGGGACCUGGAAGCAUACUGACUGGACCUGAAUUAAUGGACCUGUAUAAGAGCUACUUCAAAAAAUACCCUAUUGUUUCGUUAGAAGAUCCGUUCGAACAGGACGAUUGGGAAAAUUGGUCUGCAAUGACUACAUCGACAGAUGUGCAGAUUGUAGCUGACGAUUUAACAGUGACGAAUAUGAAACGUAUAGAAACCGCUGUGGAACGAAAAGCCGCUAACUGUUUGCUCCUGAAAGUCAACCAAGUGGGAUCGAUCACUGAGGCAAUACAGGCUCAUUGUAAGGCGAGAGAAAAUGGUUGGGGUACCAUGGUAUCACACAGAUCUGGCGAAACUGAAGACACCUUCAUUGCUGACUUGGUCGUGGGGCUGUCGACGGGACAAAUCAAAACGGGAGCACCGUGCAGGUCAGAGAGGACGGCCAAGUACAAUCAGAUUUUAAGAAUUGAGGAAGAAUUAGGGAACGAUGGAAGAUAUGCCGGGCAUUCAUUCCGAAAACCACUGUGAACAUAUUAUCCGUACAAAAUACAGCAACCUUCUCCAGUUUUGUAACAUAUAAAAUGUAAAAAGUAAAAAAAGCAACGAUAAUUUGAAAAAAUAA